AUGAGACUUGUUUCCGCACUCAUCCUCUUGGCCGCAGUCGGAGUUCACUCGCUCGGCGUCAACGGCAAGGCUCUUCGUCAACCCACUCACACUAGUACUACUAUCGGUGGCGGCCCCUUCGCUUCCAACAACCUUGCGUUUCCGUCUCCCACAGCCCUGCAGCAACAACGAUGGGACCGGGAUUAUCGUGACAAUGCUCCCAUUGGAGAACCCAGAACCCGUCCGUAUGGGAAUCGCAAUUCCUUGACAGGACCACCUUCCAUUUACAACGAAGCUCCGCAAUCCACAGAAGCUGGAUGGUGGAACGAAGAAAAGAAGAACUAUCGCACCUCAGAGAAUCGCUUGGAUCGACGCGUUUACACGAGUAACCAGUACAAUACCAACUUGAACAAUAACAAUGGCAUGCGCAACAGUAACUUUUUGCCAGUGGCCAACGUGAACUCAAACAGGUACGAUGUGACUCCGGACGAAUGGAAGCAGAAUGGCUCGGGGGGCUACAACAACAAUGGCUACCCUGAAAAUUUCAAUCCCAACGGUAACAUGGCCUUUGGAAAUAACGCUGGUCGUCCCCGUCAAAUACUGCGGGCCAACGACGUCGAUGGACGAGCCUACGAGUACAACAAUGGUAUGCCUCCUCCAGUGGUGCCUGAAUACCAAAACAAUUACAACCAGGUACCACCGCCACCACUCCCACAGUACAACAGCAACAACGACCUCAAUUACGGAUUUGGAGGACAACGUGGACAAGUGGUUGGAACAUAUGAUAAUAAUAUUUAUGAUCCCAACGAUGUCACUCCUGCCGAGUGGCAAGAUUCCAAACGUCAACGCAAUGUGAUCCCCGGUCCUGGCCGCGGCGCAAACAUGCAGAACGGGUACAAUGGCAAUAUGGUCUAUGGUGGUCAAAACAACUUUAACGAUCCUCGCAUGAUGAUGAUGAACAACAACAACAACAACAACUUUGUCGAUAAUGGACUUUACGAUCCUACUCAAGGCCAAGGAAGUUGGUGGAAUCAAGAAUCUAAGGACUACCGCACCAAUGUAGGACGACAGGAGACUCGUGCCUUUGGGGGUGGUCCACCCAUGCUGGCCCCCAACCAACGCAACGGUGUCACUCCAGACGAAUGGAACGACACUCGUGGUGGUGGCUACCAGCAGCGCGAUCGAUUUGGUAUGCGACCCGUCGGUUACAAGGAAAAUGUCCAAGGUCCAUCCCGUCAAGUAAAGAGCUGGUGGGACAAUUUGAAGAGUGGAUUCAGCAACAAUGGCGGUUCGUACAAUUCUCGAUACGGUAACAACUACAACUACAAUGGUAAUGGUAAUGGUAAUGGUGGAUAUGGCACCCGAAGUGGCAGCUCAAGAUACAGCAACAACUACAGCAACAACUACAGCAACAACAACCGAAAUGGUGGACGUAAUGACUAUGCCAAUGUUGGCAACAACGACUACAACAACAACUACAAUGGCAACUACAAUGAUAACUACGGGAACUACAACUACAAUAACAAUUAUGGAGACUAUCCACGAUAUGAUAACUACUACGAUGGAUACAGUCGUCCAGAAUAUGUCACAUGGUAA